CUGCCAAGCUGACAGUAAUCUAGUGAGACUCCCCACAGGGAUAGAUCGAUCUAAAAAUCUAUGGAAAUGGGUUGUUAGUUUCUAUAUUUAGAGCAGCACAGGCUAUAAAAGGGUGGUCUUGCAUUAUUUCAAACACAGAAAUGGCUAAUCAGCAAUUUCUUGUAGAUUUGAGUGAUAAAUUACAUGCAAGAUUACAUAACACACAGGAAAGAUACUGUUGGCUGUGGACUGGGGGCACCAGUUGUUCCAGUGGGGUUCGUUAUGGGAUGAUGAGGGUUACAUUUCCUGGGGCCAGACACUCCGUUACUGUUGGAGUGCACAGGGUGGCAUUUAUGCUGAAGGAGAGGAUUUUAAACAUACCGAGAGGGAUAGAAGUAUCUCAACUGUGUGGAGUCACUCUGUGCUGUAACCAUCUCACAGCAGAGCCUCACGGAAUCAACAAUAACAGAUUACAUUGUCGUAAUGUGGGCAGGUGCCUCUGACACAGACAGAGGUCAAAUUGUAUAUUUAAGGACUGAAGAAGUUGGCACAAUACCAACAGAGGCCAUCUUACUCGAAGUGGAUUGCUUAAGUCCAUUCUUCCCUGCCUUUACGGUACGACAUGGUGGUAAGAGAGUGACUACUGAGACAGGAGCCAGGGACAGGGCAUUUUAUAGCAUCAGCUGCCCAUUGUCUCUCCCAGGUGUGCAAGAAAGCAGGGUACAUGACAACAAAAGGUGUGAACAGUGAUCGGAAGUGGAAGUCCCUGUAAACAGCAAACUGCAUGGCCCCAGUGCAGGGGGGGGUGUACCCAGCCUAGCAGUGCAAUGUUGGCUAAAGUGGCCCAUACAGCAACCACAUUUUCAAUUUGACAGGGCUCAGUCACCAAGAGACCGUUCUCAGUCAUAUUGGGCGGAGCAGUUGGCAGUGUAUUAAGGUUUUAAUUUUUGGUGUCAGAAGGACCAGGCACAGGUGCGGUGCAGUGCAGUCGUGAGACCUUUGGCGGAGGGGUUACUGACUGUGAUUGGUGCAGUGGUUUGUUUACAAAAAGAGGGGUGCACAUGUUCAAGUGAUGCCGAUGUAAGGUGUAUCAAACUGAUCCAGGAAGAAAUGAAGUAAUUGAUCCAGAUGGUCUGGGAAAAGCGAGCUGUGGAUCUCCCAGCUCAGUCCACUGUUUUCAGUGAACAGUGCACAAAAUCUUUGGUAGGACUACCUACCCUUUUCUGUGAAAGUUCAAUUUACGCACUCACUGGUGGAAGUGCUGAAAAAUACCGAUUAGCUGGCUAUUCAAUGUUCAAGGCAGGCAAGGUACAGAACCUUUUAGUCAAGGCUGCCGCUGAAUUUUCCCUGCGUGCAAUUGUAGGAGCCUGUCUCAGCAAAGACAGAUAUAAAGUAAAGGUGGACCUGUCAUCCGAUGGGCAAGUGGUUGCCUCAUAUUGCACAUGUAAAGCUGGUGCAAAAGUUUGUGAAGCAUGUUCCUGGGAAGGAGCCCGGAAAUGAAGAAAUCCAGAAAAGGAGGAGCAAUUAUGAUGUUUUGCCCCCAUGUAGAUGCACCCUGCAACCAAGAGUAGAUGCUCUGGUCAACAACAUGCCAGCAAACUCACACAGGAGAUCACUGUUGCUUAUGCUGUGGUGCAGUAAUAAACCACAAGAAAGUACCUGUAAUGCCUUGCGAGUCCCACCUGUCAAAACCGCCAAGUCACAUGUUUUACAAGAAAGAAAUGCUCAGCCAGAGGUGCCUGAUACCAUGGACUUGGAAGGAGAAGAGUUUGGGGUGAUUCGGGAGAAAUAUAUUACAUCAGUCACUAUCAACCCUGAUGAAAUUGAGCAGAUUGAGAAGGAGACAAGAGAUGAAGCAAACAGCGAGAAUUGGUUCAGUCAAAGAAAAGGAAGAAUAACAGCUUCCAAUGCAGGUCACAUUGUUCGCAUGAAGAAUGACCCCCCCCCCCUCCCAGACAACUUGUUAAGGAAGAUGCUGCAGUAUGAUGCACCAGUGUCUUGUCCUGCCAUGAGACAUGGAAUUGAACAUGAAGAAGUUGCCAAUAAUUGCUACAGGAUGUUGAAAGAAGUCACAGGGUCUCCAGUCAGUGUGGACAAGGCAGGGUUGGUGAUUCACCCACACCACCAUUUUCUGGGUGCUUCUGUAGAUGGGAUGGUGACUGACAACAGCUUCAACCCCCCACAAGGAGUAUUGGAAGUCAAAUGCCCCUUUUCCCCCCAAGAUCAGACCCUUCAGGGGCUAGUGGCUGCCCGGAAAGACUUUUGUCUUGUCCCCGGAGCAGAGGAAGUGCCAUGCUAUGCAGUGCAUGAGGACGAGGCGGCUAUGGAAAUUUCUCGGAAAACUUGCAAGCUUAAGCUUAAUGAAAAACACAUUUAUUACUGUCAAGUCCAGAUGCAGUUACCAACAGACAGUGGUGCGAUUUUGUAGUCUUUUUAACAUCAGGAAAGAGGGAAGGGUGCCUGUCUGCUGAGGUAUUUUUCCAGAGAGUGCACUUCAAUAGUGUCUUGUGGCAGACUACAAUUUUACCCAAGAUAACAAAUUUCUACAGGAAUGCUCUUGUUCCAGAGAUUUUGAGUCAACAGGUGUUUAGAGGCAAGAGAUUGUACAUACAUUCAAAUCAUUAUAAGUACAGGUCAAAGUGUUAGACAUUGAGAAAUUAUGAGCUGAAGUGUUACAACUUUGGUUGAUUUGUUUUCUUUAAUGGAAACCUUUAUUUAUUUAUUUAUUUAUUUAUUUUUUUUAUUAUUAUUAUUUUUUUGUUUAACAUGUGGUAAUAUUCUCUGUAUUGAAAGCAUUUAAUUUAUAAUGGCAAUUUUUGGUACUGAGCAUUUUGGUACUGAGCAUUUUUAGUAAAUGUAUAACUGUGAUGAUAUUUGAGAGAUUUUAUUAUUCAACACAUGUAUUACUUAUUAUAUACAAGUACUUAGUUGGAUGAGAUAUAUUCUCCAUUUUAGUAUUCAACACAUUGUAUUACUUAUUACAUACAUACAUGUACAUGGUUGGAUGAGAUUUAUUAUCCAUUUGGUGUUUUUACCAUAUUUAUGUGUAGUUAACACAAUAUGUGAUGUGCCUUUUAUUGUAGCUUGGUGCUGUAUCAUUAAGAUUAAGCCUCCAAAGAAAUUGUGAUGGUGCUUCUUAAGUUAACAUUCUAGAAAGUAUUUCCUUCCAAACAAGUUUUGUUACUGUGAUUAAAGUUAUCUGUGAUGGAACAUUUUUACUUUCCAAAUAAAUUU